AUGGACGACAUUCAAGUCGACAAGAAGCAGACCCAGGCAGUGGAUACCAGCACUCCGGACUACGAUGUUGCUAAAUCAACGACUAUUGAUGAUUACGAGGUUGAUGAUUUCUAUGGAUCCUCCACCACCAAGGCAUACCGCUUGAAGUCCGAAUUAGUUGGAAAAUGUAUGGAGGAAAUUGGGAUGGGCUGGUUUCAAUGGAAACUCUUUGUGGUCACCGGUUUCGGAUGGAUGGUCGAUAAUUUUGCAUCCCAAGGCAUCGGAAGUGUCCAGCCUCCUAUCAACCAAGAGUUCUCCGGUAUCGUGCAAGUCAGCUACAGCUCGGUUGCAUAUUAUGUUGGACUAAUUCUGGGUGCUUCCUUCUGGGGACUUUCGAGUGAUCUCAUCGGCCGCAAGCCAGCAUUCAACUCUACGCUACUCAUAGCUGGUAUCUUCCUGUGUGCCGCUGCUGGGUCGAUGAACUUCCUCGCCUUCAGUGCACUUUGGGCUGUUAUUGGAACUGCUGCUGGUGGAAAUGUCCCCGUUGAUUCCAUGAUAUUCCUAGAAUUUGUCCCAGGAAGUCACCAGUAUCUCCUCACAGCUCUCUCGGCAUGGUGGAAUUUGAGCCAGCUGAUUGUGUCUUUGAUCUCUUGGGUAUUUUUAGCCAACUUCAGUUGCCCAACUGAUACCACCCCAGAAACAUGCUCUCGAAGUCAGAACAUGGGAUGGAGAUACACACUCAUCACCCUAGGCGGUUUAGCCCUCGCAUUUACCUUCAUUCGAAUUUUUGUUUUCAAACUCCCUGAGACCCCCAGAUACCUCCUCUCCAAGGGAAGAGACCAGGAUGCUGUCACCGCCAUCAAUUAUGUUGCCAAACAAAAUGGCAAGCCAGAACCCCUGACACUUGAGAUGCUACAAGAAAUUGAUGCUCGAUUUGGAAAUACCGUCAGCGGGGAGGGAGAGUCUAAGCAAAUGUCAACAAAGGAAAUCGUGAAAGAGAACAUGCAAGCCUUCCGAGGCGAGCACUACCGUGCACUGUUCGCAAGUCGAAAGCUUGGAAGACAGACAAUGAUCAUCUGGGCCAUCUGGUUGACAGUCGGAAUCGCAUACCCGCUAUUCUUUGCCUUCUUGCCAUCCUACCUGGCAACCAAAUUCACAGAGACAUCUUCUCUAUCCCUAACAUAUCGGAACUACUGUAUCACAUCAGCCGUCGGGAUAAUUGGACCAUUGUCCGCCGCAGUGUCAGUAAACACGCGGAUGGGCAGAAGAUGGAUGAUGGCAAUUUCAGCCGCUGUCACAGGCGUAUUCCUCUUCGCAUAUGUUGGGGUUAACAGUCCAUCAGCCGACUUGGCAUUUUCUUGCAUUACCAGCCUUCUAGGCAAUUUCGAAUACGCUAUCAUGUACGCAUUCACUCCGGAAUCCUUCCCGGCCCCUCAUCGCGGUACAGGUUCUGGAACAGCGGCUGCCCUUCUUCGAUUUGGAGGACUCAUUGCUAGCCUUAUCUCGUCUCAGACUGGUUUCACGACUGCACCAAUCUAUGCAAGCGCGGCAUUGUGGAUUGUUGUUGGCUUGCUGUGUCUGGGAUUGCCAUUCGAGACACAUGGACAUGACGCGCUGUAA